GGCAAUCGUCUACAUCGUCGGGAGGUCCAAGAUGCCAUGCUGGAAGUCGCUCCUCUGUUUCCUCCCACCAGAGGGCGAAGCAUCGGAUACUCGAGGACUUCUCGCGAAUCCUGUAUCUUCGGUAUCCAUUCAGCAAUCUUAUAAUGAGAGUUACGGAUCCACAAAUAAAGUCGAAGAUGAAGACCAAAGCCAUCUCAAUCGGAUACUGCAGAACACGAUGGCUCAUGUCAUCAAUAUACGGACCCUAGGUCAUUAUAUGGACAGCGUGGAAACGAGCGAGCGUGCCAAGAUGUAUCACUACAAGGUUGACCAACUUCUAUCGCGAACACCCUACCAGAAGAAGGCUCGACCAUGUGUCCUACAGGACUCCGACCUCUCGAAGGUGCUCUACUGGCCCGCGAUGUCCGAGAAAGACUUCCAUCAAAUAGAAAAUAUCGCUGCGUCUCUGAAUCAGGCGCUCGCGGAUAUACAAAUCGAUUGCCCGGAACCUCUUGUUGUCGAUUUCGGCAGCUCUCUGUGAAGCUGGAUUGCGAUGCCUUCAUCGAGAGCGCCCAGAGUUGUUGGAUCCUCGUGAGCCUGAUCGCGCCUAACAAAUGAUUACACUCUUUCUAUAUCAGCACUCCGGAGUUAGUACGAGCUUGGACGACUCCGAGAGGCGGCGAAUUUCAUUGAGCUCUCUCGUUUUUUAUACUUACUUAGUCUCACUCAGGGGCGACUCAGUCUAGGAUCCUAGGACGGACAAUUCUCGCUCAGUACUGAGUUUUGUUCCUAUGUCGGCAAUCUGUAAAUAAUAACUUGUUGAGCGAGAUGUAUCGUUGGCUUCAGUAGGAGCGUAUCUUGUACAUUCUUAACAGAGUAAAGAAAUUGUUCGAAACU